UUGACAUUUGUCCAGGGGUCUGGUUUGACCAGAAACCUCUAGACUGCUGUGUGUGACUCUGAGUUCUCAUUUACAUGUAAUGUCUCAUUUCUAGGUUGCCAUCAAGUGGGAGACAGAUGGACAGUCACGUUUGACAUGUCAUCCAUCUCUACUAGUGAGCUUGUCCAGCUGGCAGAACUUCGGAUCAGACUCCCUGCUUUCUCUGGCUCUAAGCGUGCCACUGUGGAUUUAUAUCACUCCAGAAAGCAGAGUUGUGACCUGGACAGCGCAUCGUGCCAGGAUGAGCAACUGUUCUUGGGGAGUUUUGGCACACCAGCCAGCAGCACAAAGAAAGGUUGGAAGGUUUUUAAUGUGACGGCUCUGUUAAAAUACUGGCUGUACCAGGGAGAAGGAGUGUCCAGCCAAGAGGCCUCAGGAGAACCUGAGGCGGACCAUGGGAGCGGUGCUGGGGGUAGAGGUGAGAUCCCCGACGAGUCCCUCCUCAAGAAUUCGGGAUUGAGGCGAAGAAAAAUACACCAUACGACCACGAACAGGGUCAUGAUGGUGAUCUUCUCCAAACAUAACCUGCCCCAGGAAGGCCAUACAGCCUACAGUCUCAUUCACACUGUAGAGAACUCCAAGUAUGUGACGAUGGACAGAGCCAGCAGUGACAGUCAAAGUCGUCGUCACAAAAGGAACAGAAUGGAGAGGAUGAGGGUGGCUGCAGGAGCUUCGCCUACGCCUGCAGCAGCAGCAGCGCCGGCCCAGAGGCCUCGGUGUCGGAAGGUAGACAUGUGGGUGGACUUUGAACACAUCGGCUGGGACGAGUGGAUUGUGCACCCUAAGCGCUACAAUGCAUUCCGCUGUGAGGGAGAGUGUCCCACACCACUGGAUGAGUCCUUUAACCCUACCAACCAUGCAUACAUGCAGAGCCUCUUGCAACAUCACCAUCCAGAAAGAGCGUCCUGCCUGUCCUGUGUGCCAACGCACCUCAGCCCGCUCUCCAUGCUGUACUACGAGAACGAUGACUUGGCCCUGCGGCAUCACGAGGACAUGAUUGUUGAAGAGUGUGGAUGUCACUGAAGGACUGCAGCGACAAGAGCAACUGUUGACGGAGCAUAAUCUUCAACUUUAACUGCUUCUCUACCGUCUUCUCUGUCUUACAACAAAUGACGGGAUAUGUCUGUUAAGUUUGAAUGACAAUAUAUUUCAUCCAUACUGGGUGGUACACAAUGGUUUAUAUCUUUAGUAUGAAAAGCCCUGUUGUGCAAAUGUUAUUUGUUGUAUCUA